AUGAGCGACAGAUCACGAUCAUCCUCCCCAGAUGCCCCGGCUCCAAAGCGCGUCAAGACUUCCUCCUCUCCAGCGCACGAGCAGGACGUGAAUCAGUUCGCUGCUCCGCCGGCUGCGGUCGCACAAAAGACACCCGUCGCACAGAAAUCACCGGCUGUAGCACCGAGGCCACCAGUAGGAGGAGGAGGGAGCGGGAAGUAUACACUGAGAUUUAGUAUGGUCGGCCACAAAAAAGCGAUAUCAUCCGUAAAAUUCUCUCCGGACGGAAAGUGGAUCGCCUCAUCAGCCGCCGACUCCUUCAUCAAAAUCUGGUCAGCCCACGACGGCUCUUUCUCCCAAACCCUCACCGGCCAUCGAAAAGGCAUCUCAGACGUCGCCUGGUCCCCCUCCUCAACCCACCUCGCCUCCGCCUCCGACGACCACACCGUCCGAAUCUGGGAACUCUCAUCCGGAACCUGCAUAAAAACCCUCAAAGGCCACACCAACUACGUCUUUUGCGUUAAUUGGAGUCCGGGCGGAGAAGUGCUCGCGAGUGGUAGUUUCGAUGAGAGUAUUAGGAUAUGGGAUGUGAAGAAGGGGAAGUGUAUGAAGACUUUGCCGGCGCAUUCGGAUCCGGUUAGUGCGGUGCAUUUUAAUCGCGAUGGGACGAUGAUUGUGUCUUGUUCGCAUGAUGGGUUGAUCAGGAUUUGGGAUACGCAGACUGGACAGUGUUUGAAGACGCUGGUGGAUGACGCGAAUCCACCUGUCUCGUUCGCCAAAUUCUCACCAAACGGGAAAUAUAUCCUCGCCUCAACUCUCGAUUCUCAAAUCCGCCUCUGGAACUUCCACACAGGCCGUUGUCUAAAGACCUACACCGGACACACAAACACCUCAUACUGCGUCUUCGCCUCUUUCUCCGUGACGGGUGGGAAACUGAUCGUAUCCGGUUCCGAGGAUGGUGGGGUCGUUAUUUGGGAUUUGCAGCGGAAGGAAGUGGUGCAGAGACUUGGAGGGAAAGGUGCGACGGGGGAGGAUGGAGAGGUGGUGGAGGGGGGGCACGAGGAUGUGGUGUUGGGCGUUGAUACGCAUCCGGAGUGGAAUUGUAUUGUGAGUGGGGGGUUGGAUAAGACGGUUAAGGUGUGGAUGAUGGAGUGA